CCACUCGGAAGUUUCCUGUCUGCAAAAGCUCCAGUACUGAGGCAGCAGGCAGGGCCAUACCCAGACACGGAGACAGGAGAGCAGGCAGGAGAGCCGGACAGGGCCUGGGGAAGGGACACACGCUUCUGCCCAGCUGGUAAGAGCUCAAACUGCACUCUCUCUCCCCUGACACUGAGGAGAGAGAGAGGAGGAGGAGAGCUGAGGAAAUAAAUACCAGGUUCUGUGUGUGUGAGAGCGAGCGAGAGAGAGAGAGGGAUGGGAUGGGGCUUGGUAGAGUUCAGAGCUCCUGACCCACUUGCAGAUAUGAAAGAUGGCAAAUAGGGCAUUUCUCAGAGCAGGUAGAGCACAUCAUGUUUAGAGAGACAGUUGUCUUAAAGAUUUGGCUAUAUACACUGUGCCCUUUUAACCCUUUACUUACUGGGUUGAUUUAAAAUGAGGAUUGUUAAUUUGAUCAUCUGAAAUAGUGUGAUUGUGUGUACUGUUAAUGGUUAUUAAUGUUGUUAUUAUUGUAAUAAAUGAGUCAGCUACAGAUGAUAUCUCCUUCCUUACCCUCAGACACAAAUGUGACAUGAUGGAAGAAAAUGUGACACCUCUUGUGGACAAUUUCCCCUCAUUAGUGAAGUCUAGUGAACGAGCCCCCACUGGAAACUUUGCCCACUGCCCUUGGGAACUCCUGUAUUUGUUUAUUAACUUUCAGUUCUUCUUCUCCCCGGCUGCCCACACUCUCCUUUUUGUCACUCUCUUCAUCCCUCUCGCCUCAUGUAGCCCUCUUGGCAUUGUG